CGAUGCGUAUUGCACCUAAAUAUUUUUAUUAAUUAAUUUGUGUGUGUCGAUUGUCUUUCAAGGAAUAUAUACCAUAAAACGAGAUCAUAAGCAAUUAUUAAAAAUUUCAAUUAUUAUUUAUAAGCUGUGAUAAUUAUUAUCAACAAUGGCUGAUUUAGAUUUAGAAGAAAUUCGUAACCAACGAUUAGCACAAUUGCAGGCUCAGAACAGAGGGAACAAUGCUAAUAAUCAAGAGGUAUUAAAAGAAAAGCAACAACAUGAAGAUAUGCGAAAUGCCAUAUUAAGUCAAGUACUUGAUCAGUCAGCUAGAGCAAGAUUAAGUACUCUUAGUUUGGGAAAACCUGAAAAAGGAAAAAUGGUUGAAAAUAUGAUUGUCUCAAUGGCACAAAAGGGACAGCUUAUGGGCCGACUUGGAGAAAAAGAGCUAAUUAAUAUUUUAGAGAGUAUAAAUAAACAAACAAGUAAAAAGAGUGUAUCUGUCAAAUUUGACAGGCGCAGAGCUGCUUUGGACAUAGAUGAUGAUUUGUAAUUAGUGGAGUAAAAUCAAUUCACUUAUUCUAAUUAAUAUCUAAUUAAUUAUAAUUAAAAACGCUUUCAUUUUAUAAUGCAACUGCUC